CGAUCUGCUUAGUGAUCGUGGUGGUCUUUGGGGGCCACGGGCGGGAGCUGCGGGAAGUGGUGUCCGCUAUCUCUUCUUCCACGGCAUUUCAGCCGAGGAGAGGGACCGGGAGACUCCAGGCGACCAGCUCCGGGAGCGGCGAAGUGGGGGUGUGUUAUUCUGCUGCCAUUGCCGGAACUGCUCAUCUGUUGUUGGAGGGCGCGCGGAGACGAGAGCAAGGUGAGGCGAAAACUGAAGACGAAGAAGACAAGGCACAGGGUUUUCCAGUCCGAGGUGUGUACGAUGGCGGUGAUGGUCAUCCUGCUGUUGCUGGGGCUUCUCCAGCUUGCCGUUCCUGGACUUGCUCAAAGUCCGCCAGCUAGUACGGUAAAGAUCACCGUCGUCACGUAUGCCGGCACUGGCUGCCCGCCUGGAAGUACCGAGGGCGUCAUCUCCUCCGACGGACAGACGCUCACUAUCAUUUUCAGCAAGUACACGGCGUUCACCCCAGGAAGUCCAGCCGAUCGGCGGAAAAACUGUCAAGUAGCCGUCGCUGUGGAAUAUCCUUCUGGGUUCACGUUUACUCUGGCGACUGUGACAUACCGAGGGUACGCCCAGCUCGAGCCAGGAGUCACGGGUAGACUGGCAGCCUCGUACUACUUCUCAGGUAUCCCAGGGACAGUCAGAUCAAAGCACGAACUGCGUCCUCCCGUGGACGGCAACUUUGAGUUCACCGACAAGUUUGGCACCGUCGUCUAUCAAGAGUGUGGCGUUCCGCCGGCGAUACUCAAUCUCGUUUCCGAGGCAAGUGUGAAGCCUCCACCCGGGAGCAAAGCUGUGGGCUUGAUCACCGUCGAUUCUCAGGAUCUGCGCCUCAAGCAGAUCUACCGUUUUAUCUGGAAGAAGUGCUAAGGGCAUAUUACUCGUACUAAAGCUUUUCUGGAGCAUCUGGCGGCGAAUGCAGGCAGAUCCAGUUCAGAAAGUCGCAGUGUGAGCAUGCCCUAAGCUGAAUUAACCAGGCGUCAACAACAGGGCGGGCGGUCGUUCGACAUCAGCGAGCUACUUGGAGAGAAGCAGGAUGAGCGACCGGUAGGGGAUCAACUUGGAGAUUAGUGGGUUAAUCUAUCGGUCCCGCCGCUGCAUUGUCACGGGCACUCCGUCACCUAUAAUGAAGUGGCGACAUCACAGACACAGGCAGUAGAACGUGUGUCCAAGAGCUCUUUGCUGAUGGAGCUCAAUAGGAAGCCUAGCCAGUUGUGGAACUGGUCAGUCCACGACCAAUAUAAUUAUAUAUAGUACGUACUCAAUGUCUGGCAGGCGAGCGAGUUUCCACGUCAUUUAAUUUGUAGUCCUGGAAAAGAACACGUUGGCAUGUAGCACUUACGGUGGGGAAGACCCCAAGCCAAGUGCAAAAACUCUCGCGUACAGGUCAAGUAGACGGGCGUAGCAAACAGCAAGACAGGGUAUUGAGCUCUCUCUCUCUCUGUCUGUCUCUCUGUCUCUCUGUCUCUCUCUCUCUCUCUCUCUCUCUCUCUCUGUCUCUGUCUCUCUCUCUCUCUCUCUCUCUCUCUCUCUCUCUCUCUCUCUCUCUCUCUC